UGACUCCGGUGUAAUUGAACUUUAAAAUAGCAGUAUUUAUUCAAAACAUAUUUUUCACGGCUGAAGUUUUAUUUACAGUAACAAGGAAGUAAAUUCAAAUUGAUUUCUACGUAAAGUUUACUUGACUACAGUGUUUUGUUUAUGACGGACUGAAUGUGAACUAUAUAUUUGUAUAAAAAUGGACACACAUAUUGAGCAGCUAUUAGAAUAUAUACUUAAGGGCAGUGAACACGAGGUGCAUAAACAUCUCCCUGCAGCAAAGCAGGAACGCGAUGAAAUAAAGCAAUUGGUAGGAACACAGGAAUCAUCACAAACAGAGGCAUAUGGCAAGUUAAAAGUAUGGUUGGAACAGUUGGAACAGGGAAAGGAAAUAUUUCGUGGAAAGGCGACACAGACUCUUCAAGUGUUCCGAGACCAUCUAAAACCACUUCUAAAGAACAUAGAAGAACAAAGGCACUACACAGAUACAACACGAGCAUCAGACCAUGAUACUGACAACAGAAGGUCAUUUAAAGCGUCCAAUCCAAUCGAGCGCAAUCGCGAAGUCUCAGAGGCAAUACAGAAAGCCGAACAAGAAAAGAACAUUAUUGAGAGGAGCAAACGCGCAGGCCAAGCUCUAAGACAUAACAAUCCUGAUAUCGCCGAUCUCAGCGACACGAAUCGUCCCACCAAAAUUGCUGAGAGGUUUUCCGAGCUUUACGACAACGAGUGGACGGAAGCAUUUGAAAAGUUAUCGAAGAAUAAGAUAACUGAUAAAAAAGCAAUAGGGCUUCUUUUGCAUAUUGUUCAGAGUACCAACACAUUUUGUAAAGAGCAAGCGGAAACGAUGAUUACUUCGAUGAUUAGUUCGUUUAACCAGAACAAAGAAACGGAUCAAGAAAAGCAGAUGAAAGUGAAAGCAGAAGAAGCCAUUCCAAGAUUGAAAUGGGAUUUUGCAGAAGAAGUAAUAUCAAUGUGUGAACGCUUGAAAAUCCCAAAACCAUCAAACGAUGGUGUGCUCAUCAGGUUUGCCAAACAAGCAACUGAGCUCUGCUGGUGGAUGAACGUCCAGGAUCCACCUGUCUACAUGUGUCCCACAGAUGAUACAAGGAAGACUGACUUUGAUCCAAACCUUUAUCGAGCGUACACGAAGACUGGAAAACAUCUGGACUUUUAUGUCUGGCCUGCGCUCAAACUCCAUGAGAAUGGCGGAGUAUUGUACAAGGGCGUGGCUCAGAUGACAAACUAAAACAAAACUAAUUUAGAGUCAUGAGUUUAAGUGGUUAAGGUUCCCCUCUUUAAACAGGUUUUUGGUUCUUUCACCAUCAGGAGUUCUUUCUCGAAAAAGACACCUAGGGAACGGACUCGAUAUAUAUAACAAAGUUCAGCAUAUAUCUGAAAGUUGCAAUUAUGACAAACAAUUAUAUUUAAACGGAUAUUGUAUAUGGAACGGUUUAUUUACAUACCAUGACAUAUCUUCAUAUUGAUAAACCAAAGUAAAUAUGAUUUUGAAAACUUGAAUGCAUUCAUGACAAACGUUUUUAUAAAAUUGACGCACACAAAUAAAUACCAUGCAUCAGUU